AUGCCGCCAAAGAAGCGUUCCGCACCGACCGGAUCGUCGUCGGGCCCGAAGAAAGCGCGGCAAUCCAAACUCGCCAAGGAGAACAAUAUUAGCGGGGAAGAGGAGAAUGAGAUAAAGGAGGUGUUUAAUAUCUUUUCAGAGGCGAAUGAAGAAUUUCCUGAUGAGAAGGAUGGUGUUAUCGCGCGAGAGGACGUACGGAAAGCUCUUGUGUAUGUCGCUCCCUAUUCCACAAACGUCAAGGUGGGCGGACAGGGGUGGCUAACGAGGAUGGUUGGCAGAGCUCUAGGCCUUGCACCCUCCUCAUCAGAAGAACUCCAAUCAAUUCUGUCGGCCGUCGACCCUACAUUCACAGGAUACGUCCCCUACGCGCCCUUUCUAUCUGUUGCGGCGGCGAAACUGCGAUCGCGAUCCGAUGAUGCUAUGUCCGCAGAGGUGGAUUCUGCCUUUCAGCUGUUCACGCAGGGGACCGACGGUCCAAUUACGAUGGGUCAUUUGAGGCGGAUUGCGCGUGAGCUGAAGGAGGAUUUGGACGACGCGCUGCUGAGGGAUAUGAUUCUGGAGGCAAAUGGGGGUGUGGGGGUCGAUGCUGGGGUGUCGUUAGAGCAGUUCCAUGAGAUCAUGCAACGGGCUGGAGUCUUCUAGGUGGUUGUAUCAAUGACUGGCGUUGGCGUUGGCGUUGGCGUUGGAUUACUUUGUUGGUGUUUGUGGUCAGAUAAUAGUAAUAGGCUCAUUUCUACCUUCCACUAUGUUGCUGUCGCCAAUGCCAAAAUCCUAUG